AAAGAAAAUCUUAAGCCGUUUGAUCUCAGAUUUGUCCGAAGAAGAGUUUUGAUUUCCACUCAAAAAACCCCAGAUUUACGCGCAAAAACCUUGAAAACCAUAUCGGUUUCAGAGCUUUAUACACACCAGUUUUGUUUGAUCCGUGAGUGCUUCUGUGUUUCAUUUUUGUACUACUAAUGUGGGUUGAGUUUGGAUUUUGAGUUCAAUUCCAUUGUGGGUUUUUGGUUGGUCACUUUCUUUGUCUUUUCUUGAUUGGUUGUUGUGUUUAUCUACAGUUGAUCUGUACUUGCUCUUUCAAAUUCCAUUGAUUUGUUUAUAUACCCAAUUGUAAAAUAGAGAAUUUUUAUUGGGUUUUGAGUUCUAGACUUUGUGGCAGUGUUUUGUAUUGGCGGGUUGGUGUAAUUGGAUUAGUUUAGUGGAAACUGAGUUGUGCCUUUAGCUUUUGGGGCAAUUUGGUGAACAAGGUCUGAAUUUUGAAGUGAAUUUAGGGAGUAGGGAAGAGGAAUUACAGAGUUUGGUGUUGAUGAGAGGUGGCGGUGGGAGAUGAGAGAGGAAGCUGGGGGAGGAUUGGGGGGACAACAAUGACUUCAGUGUCAUUGGGUCUUCGUAGUUCAGGAAGCAAUGGAUCAUUGCAACAACAGGUUCAAAAUGGUGUGUUGCCAAUGCAGACACCGCCGCCACUUGCAGCCCGUAAGCCUUCUAAGAUGCCCAAAGAGAAGGAGAGUUUGUUCUAUUGGAUCUGUAAACUUGCCGGCCGCAAGAAGAUUGGAAUGCUGCUCUUGUGUUUUGUUUCAGCUGCAAUUUUUGUAUGGGUAUUGGAUUUUGGCAAAGGUGAAGAUGCACAGGAAAGUGAUGGUAUAGAGAGCAUUAACAGAAACAUGCUGUUGAAUUUGAGCUAUCCUGAAUCUUCACCCAUAUAUGGUGAAGAAAAUAAUGAUGCAGUGAAUAAUAUGGGAAGUAGCGACAGUCUAUCACAACCUCUUCCUCCUCAUCCUUAUCCUCCGCCUACAUUUUUUACAGGAUAUAAUCUUCCUCCUGGGAAUCCAUGUGAAAGUUUCACAUUGCCUCCCCCACCAGCCGAUAAAAAAAGGACUGGACCACGUCCAUGUCCAGUAUGUUACCUUCCAGUGGAAGAUGCCAUUGCCUUAAUGCCUAAGGUCCCAUCAUUUUCUCCUGUACUUAAACAGUUAACGUAUAUUCAUGAAGAAAAUUUGACUAAGAGCGAGUUUGGAGGUUCAGAGUUCGGUGGAUAUCCUUCUCUGAGGCAGAGGAAUGAUUCAUAUGAUAUAAGAGAGUCAAUGAGUGUGCAUUGUGGAUUUGUCAGAGGAAGUAAGCCUGGACGUAAGACAGGAUAUGAUAUUGAUGAUCCUGACCUCCUUGAAAUGGAGCAGUGUCGUGGGAUAGUUGUUGCCUCAGCAAUCUUUGGUGCCUAUGAUUUAAUACAACAGCCAAAGAAUAUUAGUGAAGUUGCCAAGAAAACUGUUUGCUUCUGUAUGUUUGUGGAUGAGGAAACAGAAAUAUUUCUGAGAAAUUCUAGUCUACUGGACAGUAGCAACAAGCAUGGCUUGUGGAGAGUUAUUGUUGUCCAUAACCUUCCUUAUACUGAUCCUAGACGCAAUGGAAAGGUUCCGAAGCUUUUACUGCAUAGGCUUUUUCCUAAUGCCCGCUACUCUCUCUGGAUUGAUGGAAAACUUGAGCUUGUUGUGGAUCCAUAUCAAAUCCUUGAAAGGUUCUUGUGGCGGAAAAAUGUCAGUUUUGCAAUAUCCAGGCAUUAUAAACGCUUUGAUUCAUUUGUAGAAGCCGAGGCUAAUAAGGCUGCUGGGAAGUAUGAUAAUGCCUCCAUUGACUUCCAGAUUAAUUUUUAUAGAAAUGAGGGUUUAACCCCGUACUCUGAGGCUAAGCUUCCCUUAACAAGUGAUGUUCCUGAAGGAUGUGUGAUAGUAAGAGAGCAUAUUCCGAUCUCCAACCUCUUCACUUGUCUUUGGUUUAAUGAGGUUGAUCGUUUUACUUCCAGAGACCAGAUUAGUUUUUCUACUACAAGGGACAAGAUUAUGGCAAAGACAAAUUGGACUAUCAAUAUGUUUUUGGACUGUGAAAGGCGGAACUUUGUAGUUCAGGGGUACCAUAGAGAUGUUCUUGAGCACUGGGCUCCUCCGCCUCCUGCUGGUGCUAUUGCUGUUCAUCCUCCGCCACCUUUUACUGAUGAAGAACCAAAUAAAACAUCAUCUGAGAUUUUGACGGGAGGUAUUGUUGUACGUACUCCAAUUAAGAAGACCCCAACGAAGCGUGGGAGAGAAAGGAAAUCAAAGCGUCACCGCAAGGUUGCUGCCGGUGCCAGUAAUAGGGACACCAGUGCAAGUUAAAGAUUUAUUUACACAAAUUUUUACUUUUCUCCUUCCCCAUUUAAAAUCAUUCAUUAUGGGGCUGGGAAUGUGAGCAAUAUACAAAGUGUUGUAGUUGUGUUUCAACACACAACAGUGUCAAUUUUUUUUUCAAGUGUCAAUUUUAUCCAUUUUUUGUUGUAUAUAUAUAUAUAUAUAUUUAAGUCCCCAAUAAUUGUUACAUGGGUUGCUGCCAUUUCUUAUAUGGGGUAGCCCAUUUUGUUGUUUUACAGUAAUAUUAUAUUGGAUCUCAAUUAGUCAA